AUUGGAGACACUUGUUCAUCAACUGUAACAAUGGAUCCCACUGAAGACAUUUCAGAUUCUGUGAGAGCUUACGUGUCGAAAGCUAUCACCAUGGAAACAGAAGUAACAGAAAACACCAUUGAUCAUCAAGAAAGGAUUAAUGUGAAUGCCGCACACGAGUGCACUGGUUUAAAAGAUGUAAAUAAAAUGACAAACACUUCCAAAUUCAUAACAACAUCUACUUUAACAACACAUGAUGAAAACUAUAACAAUAAUUCAGAUAACACGAAGCAAGAACUUCAAGAAGUUCUCACAAUAGAAAAAGUUUUAGACCAGACUACACAGAUUGAAACAAUAUCUUCAUCGUAUGAAACAUCAAAGGUGAUCUAUGCCUCCAUUCACAAGGAGCACUUCAAAGAUUAUUCAGCUGUCGUGGUGGCUGACACAAUGACACAAAAAGAUUUGGAGGUGACUGGACGGGGCACUGGCAAGAAACCUUUUCCAGCUGAGGUCUACCUGGAAGAGUUGGUAGAGAACCUCCAAAGUAGAAAGGAGAUGGGAAAGAUAAUGACGGUGGCGGCAAGGACUAGAUCAAGAAAGGAAUCAAGGUCAAAUCAGUCUGUAUUUACCUCCAAUGGAAUCAUGUUUGAGAACUCAAAAAUUAGUCAAAUUGAGGAAAAUGGGAAUAGGAUCUCCACAAUUGAUUUAAGUACGUUGAUCAUGAAAAGUCCAAAUGUUUUAGUCGCGCCACAGGAUAACAAGGAUUCAAUCGGUCUGUCGGCAGUGGAUCUGAAUGGAAAGACGAUCUCCUCGUCAGGCAGCAACAGUAAUCAAACAUCAAGCAGCGUGUCGAUAUGUGAACAGGACUUAGAAAACCUUACAACUGAUAGUCAAAAUGGAACUUUGCCAAUCGCCACUCCUCCACUACAAUACAAAUACGAGUUCGGGUCAGACCAUGUUAACAAAGCCAAACCCUUUCAAAAACAUUCAUAUAUAAGUCAACGUGAUCGUGGGUUCUUUCAAAAGAAUGAGUCAGCUGAAAGUUUGACCUCCCUCAGUAGGAAACUUGUGUUAGAAAUAAUGGAACUACAGCAUCGAACUCUUAAAAACAACCCCAGCCAGAAUGGCGAAGCACGGAUUAGGCCCAGGAGUAUUAAAGCUCAAACUACAAAACCAUUUCAGAGAGAGAAACAAAUCAAUGAGGUGUUGGAAGUUCGAAAGAUGGAAAAGGGGCACGUGGAUUUUGCGACCGCUCGCAAACAGUGGUUGAAGCUGGAAGCGAUCAGCAAAACACACAGUUACAGGUCCGUCGUCAAAGAGCAGAACAAAACAGUGACCAAAUAUGUUACUAAAGAGAAAAUUGUUGACCACUCCAUCAAUAAAUCAAAAAACAAUGAAGCAGCCCAUCCCAAUCCUGGAUCUAUGUUCUCAGAAGAUAACAUGCAAAGCAAGGAGUCAAAAGGAAUGAAAACUGAUGAAGUCGAAUGCCUGAGAAAAUCAACAAAUCCAAACCAAGAGCAGGUUAUGGAAGCACUGCAGGAGAAUGAUGAAACUGUGGGGAAUUUAGACAAGAAACUCUUAUCUGAUUCCACAUAUUGUAGUCCUUGCCCAGAAGGGAGUGAUUCAAGUCUAGAUGACUGGACAUAUGGAUAUGAAUGUAACAGUUUAUCUGAUCCUGGAUUUCAGGACGAAUUCUCUUGCUCUCCGCCCAUGGCUCGUGAAAAGCCUGAGACACCUAUUGAAAGGGAGAUCCGCCACAGCCUGAAGCGAGAGGAAAGCCUUAGAAAGGCCAGGGGCCUUGCUAAACAUCCUUACUCUGAGAAAUUUGUCGAGAUCAAAACUAGGCCCCUUAAUUUGCAGUCCUUUCCUUCCACUUCAUCGUCUAAGGUUAAAAAUAAUCAAUUUGCUGAGAUGCAAAUGCAGCGUGAAAUACUACUCGAACGCAAACGGGAGGAGGACCUUGUGCAGGAGGGAAAGAUUAUGGGAAAGCAUGAGGAAAAUACGAUUCCAGAGAUUGAGACGAGAAGGAAAUUUUUUGAGCAGAAAAAUCCCUUCCAGUUCCCAUUUCCCAAUAAAAUGUUAGCCUCGCCUAUCGCCACACCUGCCACUUUGCUGGUUGUACCUCCUAUGAAAAGAGGCCCCUCCAGUAAUGAAACAAACUUUUCUAAUGUUGUUAUACUGCCAAAUGAUCCACUAACCUCUGAUAACGACAAAUCAGAAGUUAAUGAUGCUGUGUUGAAACUUGAGUAUCCCAAAGCAGAAAUUGUUAAUAUUGUAAUACUGGAAACGCCAAACUCGAUUAUAGAACGUUCUUCAUACUGCCCACCAUCUUCACUCUCGUUGAACCAAAGAGAAGGUACAUUGCAAAACAACCCUUUCUUCAAACUCCGUUCACAUGGAGCUCAGUCCAUCAUUAGUCAAGAGAUCAGAGAAGUUCUUCAGAGGGAGGAAGAGCUCUAUAAGCAAAGGUGCAGUCUGCAUGGUCUGAGAAGAGCAUCUGAGGAAAGUUUACCAUCUUCAUCUGCAGUGAAUAAUUUGCCAUCAGGGCAAGAAAGCAGCAAGAACACAUCACAAGAAUGCCCUGGCACUACAGUCGGAGAUUGCUAGAUGUUUCAACAACAACAACAACAACAAAAAAAGCACUCCAUAAGGAUGUCAAAAAUAAUAAAUGCAUGAAGUUAGCAUUUGGAUCAGGUUGAACAGGGGGGGGGGGGGGAGGCAGGGAUGACAACGAUGGGGUUGAAAGGGUACUAUUUGAAACUACUAUGUUUUAACUCAAGGAUCAUUGGCAUUUUGAAGGAAUAAUAUGGUUAGGUUACAUGUAUUCAUUUGCACUAGGAUAAUGUUAUCCAUUAACUGAGAUACAGGACUGAGUGCAUCGGGGUCUAAUAUAGCGUUUAAAAAGUGUUACCGUUUUGAAUACAUUUUAAAAAUAUUUUGAGUAUAAGAAACACUUUGACUGCACCUCCCACAAAUCGUUACACAAAUGUUAUCCUUCUGAACUUGAUUUGGAAGCAAGUACAAAUAAAUAUGUAUGAAUGCAUUGAUAUAACUAAAACAAAAGCAGAGACAAAUUGAUUAGCAUCUGAAGGAGAAUGACGAGGUAGCGUUCAGUUUCAUAGCUGAUUUACCCGUUUUGUACAUUAAUUUUCAUUAUUACUAAUUGUAAUCUAAGCGCAGAUCCAUUUUAUGUACUUUAUUUAAAUAGAUUGUAAUUCCCAGUGAUAUGAAAUUAUUAUUAUUUAAUAUUUGCAUAUUAAUCAUUAAUUAUUCAUG